AUGUUAUCAAUGCCGCCAACCAAAAAAAAAGGUGUCAUGUCAAAGCCAGCUGCGACGAACGUGGAAACAUGCCGCUGCCUCGUGCUAAAAAGUCUCAAUGACUCAGAAUAUGAGUCAAACUCGGAAGAGGAUCCUUUUGAAGAUAAUGGGACGGAUGAUAAGUACAGCCCUAAUAAUGAACGAGAGGAAUCAUCCAGUUCUUCAAGUUCUUCCUGUGAAGAUGAAGUCUCGGUUGAUGAAGAUGACAACGAGCUAUGUAAAUUCAAAGCUGUGCUAAGCAUCUGGCGCUGA